UGAAUAACGUCGGUUCCGGGAGACGCGUUGGCAGUUUCCGAAACACAGCUCAGUCACUGCAAAUAUCAGCUAAGGCCGGUGAAGGACUGUUUGGGAACGUUAGGUUUGGAUGUAUUUUAUCGGCGAGAGUACAACCUACUGACGCGGAAGAUAGUUUGACACAAUUUGACAUGAGAAGGGUGCCCUGACAUGGACACAGAGAUGAUUCCCAAAUUUUCAACAAAGGAUGAGGAAGUUGAUUACUGGAAGUCACAAGCCCUCAAAUACAAGAAAAGCUGCCAAGAUGCACAGGAGGAACUACAGGAGUUUCAGGAAGGAAGCCGUGAACUAGAGGCCGAGUUGGAGGCACAGCUGACUCAAGCCGAACACCGUCUGAGAGACCUACAAACUGAGAAUGAAAGGCUAAAGAACGAGGUGUCCAACCUCAAGGAAAAGUUGGAGCACCAGUACACACAGAGUUAUAAACAGAUUUCCGUGCUGGAGGAUGAUCUGGGUCAGACACGCAGCAUCAAGGAGCAGCUUCACAAAUAUGUGAGGGAGCUGGAGCAGGCCAACGAUGACCUGGAAAGAGCCAAGAGGGCCACAAUAGUUUCCCUUGAUGAUUUUGAGGGUCGUUUAAAUCAGGCUAUUGAGAGAAAUGCCUUCCUGGAGAGUGAGCUGGAUGAGAAAGAGUCGCUUCUUGUGUCUGUGCAGCGCCUGAAAGACGAAGCCCGAGACCUGAGACAAGAGCUGGCGGUCCGGGAGAGGACAACGGACAGGAUGUCAGCCCCCAGCUCCCCCACUCUAGACCUAGAUAGAGAAAAGAUAGAUUCUGCAGUCCAGGCCUCUCUGUCCCUCCCAGCCACAUCUAUAGGACAGAGUGUUGAACAUUCAUUCAUCAGCCCAAAAGCUUUGUCCAAUGGCUGUGGCAACUCCUCUCUGACGCCCUCUGCCAGAAUCUCAGCUCUAAACAUUGUUGGUGAUCUCCUGAGAAAAGUUGGGGCUUUGGAGUCCAAACUCGCUGCCUGCAGGAAUUUUGCCAAAGACCAGGCUGCAAGAAAAAAUUUCACCAAUGACAACGGAUCCAUCAUCAACAGCAAUCCCACCAAAUUCUCCCAGUCUCUACAUACCUCUUACUACGACAAGACGACUGUUAACGGACUAAACCCCAGCUCCUUGACCUCUUUGGCACCGUCCAGAGCUGUCCCUCCACCAGGCAUGUUGCCACUGAGUGUGUGAGACGUCCUUGUGCCACUCAGACCUGGACUAAAAACUGAAAACUCAUCCAUCUGACAUGAUGUGGGACACUUGAAGGACUAUUGUAUUGUGUGUGUGACUGCCUGUAUUUGUAUGUGUGUGACUGAAGAGUGUGAGGAGAGUUAUAUGUGAGUGUGUGUGUGUUUGGGGAUUGUGCUUUUUUUUUUAAACUUGAUGUGUGAUGAAGAGAGGCUUCAACCACAAAAGAAACCUGCCUCCAGUUUGCAGCUCAUCUGUGUGUAGGCACUCAUGUUCCUACCACGUGCAUGUGCCUGAAGCUGAACUCUACUGUGCUUGAAUGAAUGUUGCUGCUCGUUGGCUGUCCACUCAGAGGACGGCUUACCCUGUCCUCGUGUCCGCUGUCUGUUUUACAAACUACUACACCCGACAACGGUCUUUACCAGACACAGCUUUCUCCUUGACCUUAUUUUUUCUUCUUCUUCUGUGAUUUCACCACAAUUGCACAGUGUAACUAAUACUAAUUCAGAAUAUGUUAUAUUUAAAAGGGAUGUCUUUAUAUUAACUAAUUUAUCGCAUAGUAUGAUUUUGAAAAUUUCUCAUUGGCAAUGACCCUCUGUGCAUGUGUGCAUAUUUAACAUGGGGUUGGAGAUGAGUGGGCUUAACCCCAUAUUUAUGACUGAAGUGAAUGUUGAUCGUUCAAAGCCACAUAGCUAUUGUGCAGACUUUCUCCCUGCUACAGUUUUUCCACUGCGUCCAUCUGAGUUGGAUUGAUUUUUUUUUUUUUUGAUUGCGACAGGCUCAUUGACCUCAUGUUGAUAAUAAGGCACAGUAUUUGAAAUACUGGUUUGGUGAAUCUAAAACAAAAGUGACACAGGAGUCUUUAAAAAAAAAAAAAAACAACGGUUGUUUACUUUGUGUUGUGUUUAAAGUUACAGUUGAAUUUUGACUUUAGAGUCCUGCAGCACAAUUUUACCAGAUGGAAAUCUGUUUUGCCAACACAUUUCAGAAGCACGUAGUAUCAUAGUACUUAAAUUAAAUGUCACUUUAGGCAGUUGGAGUCACUAAAGCCUGUUCAGCCAUCAUUGUGUAUGUAUAUAGAUAUUAAUUAUAUAUACAUGUACUUACACCGCAGGUUAGGAUGGUGGUAUUGCCCAGCACCACAUUGUACAUAUUUAGAUUUGGCAUUGAGGUCAUAUUUAUUUCAGAUUCUAUAUGGCAUGUUGAUUAUAUGAGUUUUGCUAUAGCAUUCGUGCUGCGAUAUUAAAAUGUUUGUUAAAGUUGUUUGAGUAAAUAAAGUCUGAGAUGAUAAA